AUGAAAGUCAGCAUUGUGCAGGCGACGGCAGCUCGGAGCCCGUUAUCUGCAUCCAAGACCACUGGAACACCACAAUCGGGAACAGCCAGCCAACUCCCAUUGACCAGGGAACCUUUCAACGGAGAUGCCCGUCUAGACAACCCGGACGAUGCCUCCAUCGGAAUCGACACAUGUGGAUGGUUUGAAGGCACGGCGGUGACCUGCCCUUCACCAGCAGCAUGCGGAUUCUCCCGCACCUUCCGAGCUUGUUGCGUUGGCCACGCAUGCUCAUCCAGCGUCUUCAAUACCGCAUGUCUUCCAUAUGAUGACUUGGAUGCACGCAGCACCGAUACCUCGAGCCCUGCAUGUCUGACCCUCUUUUGGCCGACGACCCCCGGCGCACCAGACCUGACCGUUUUCACAAUGGUGGACUCAUGCGUACCGAUAUCACAGGCCGGCCAAGGCAUCAUGGUCACAACGUCACCUCCUCAGACACCGGCACAAUCAUCACCGCAACACUCAAGUGCGUCGCCUUUGCUCAAGCCUCCAGCAGGGACGAUCCUAGAGGCCUUCCUCGGCGUGACCGCCGUCUCUGUUGUUGUCAUCAUCAGCUGCAUCAUCAUCACCCGGAAGCUGCAUGCGGCCCGGACAGGAGCCCUGCGGGCGGGUGCUUCGCGGAGUUCUCUUACUGUUUCGGCUUUGGCUGAGCAGGAGGGCCGGCAGCCUGAUAUCCCGCUGUCGAUGCGGCCUGGGACUGUGCGUGCUGGGAGUGGAGGCAAGAUGGACCGAUCUCACGGCGGUAAUAGACAAUGCGGAUUGGAGACGGCGAGGGAGCAGGAAGUGUGA